CACCCAAUCGACAAAACCCGUCAGGCGACGACGCAGGGGGUUCAUUGGCGAAGUGAUGGAAAAACGACAAGACCGCGUCCAUAUUUCUCUCCAUUUUAACAGAGCUACAGUGUGAAGAACCCAGUGUGAAGUGUGAUAAAGCCACAGUGAUGGAGAAUAACCCCACUGGUUGCCAUGGUGCCCAGCACAAAUCCAUCUCAGUUUGUGUGCCUGUGCAGACUGAAGGGAAUUAAAAACACAAGCACUCUGAUGGGGUUAGGUGCAAGCCCUGUUCUUAGCAAAUUCAACAACGUCCCAGUUGUGAGUCUCAGGACCUGGGGAACAACCUGGUUCCUUUUGGAUUUGUUCAUGCGUCGUACGAGUGCACGCCUGAGGUCCGCUGGCUACUACGACACACAUAAGGAAUAUGAUGCGCUGCGUCAGUCAAAUAUAUACAACUGCGAGAACCCUGUCAAGCUUUUCAAGAAGAGGAGUGCUGCUGAAACAAUCAGCUUCAUGCCAACCAUCCCUGCAAGGUACUUGAUGUCUGAGGGCCUGUCCAGCAGGCUGCCCAUUGAAAAUAAAACCAGUACUACCAGCAGUACCCGGACUACCUACACCUACAGAGUUACCAACGGUCCCAGCAAAAAGGAUUCAGUUCAUGGAUACAUGAGAGCAAUUAGCAGUGCCUUUUCGAUGACAUCACUCUCAUGGACGGGGGCCGAAGCUAAUUCGAGGAUGAUGCACGUGGGAGAUUUAGUCAGCAGUCGCAUGAAGAAGACAUGUGGUCUGCUUUUACUUCUCCUCGUCAUAUCACUUUGUGUUUGGUUACUCUUUCCUGUGAUGACCCAUUUCAAGGAUUUAAAACUGCUCAAGUUUCUACCUCAUCAACCCAGCACCCAUCUUGAUGCUGCUGAGGAGAACAAGAAGCUGAUGAAUCUAGAGAUGCAGGACUUGAUCGGGCUGAUAUCCAGCCUUCGUGACAGGAUCAAAGUGCUGGAGAUGAAGAAUGCAGAGGGGGUCAAACCACCGGCUCCUUUAGCUACCAACGGUCAACUAACCCCAGCAAUCCAACAGGCAAUGGAGAAGUGGCUCAGUAACCACAUCAAGGAGCAGGCCGUAUUCAUUCCUGAUGACAAAGGAUUUGGGCAUUCGAUAGCUGACAACAUGGCUGACUUUGCCCUCGAGGUUCAAGGUGCCAGGGUGAUCACUUCUAGGUGUUCAGAGACCUAUCAUGGUAGUAUGGCGUUUGUGACCCUGUUUGGCUUCAAGAUUUGGAGUUUCACUGUGGACCCGCGGACCGCUAUUCAGGGUAUGGCACCACUGCUCCCAGGGAGGUGUUGGUCUUUCCCUGGUGCCCAGGGAACUCUUGCCAUCACUCUCUCUAAUCCUGUUAAGAUUACACACGUGACAGUGGACCACAUAGCCCGCUACAUCUCACCCAGUGGCAGCAUCAAGUCCGCGCCCAAAGAAUUUGAACUCUAUGGAAUGAGAGACAUCUCAGGGAAGAGAAGUCUUCUUGGAACGUUCACCUACGAUCAGAGUGGCGAGUCCACGCAGACAUUUCAGCUGCCUAACCCAACUGACGACAUAUAUCGUGGUGUGGAAAUGCAUGUCCUCAGUAACUGGGGACAAGCGGAAUAUACUUGUCUUUACCGCUUCCGUGUGCAUGGGAAGAUCGCCUCCACUUGAAUUUGAAAAUAAACUGUCUC